CCACUCGCCACUGUUUUAGAAACUCUGUCGCAUCUAUGCAAUAUAUCACUGCGAACAGACGAUAUACAACUCAUAGCGUAACCACGUAACAAGAGGACCAAGUUCGUGGGCAGCUGGUUGGGCGUGGUCGGCAGUCCAAGCCCUCGUGCGGCUUCGCUCCCUUUGGUGAUGAUGCUGCUGUAUUCAAUGCCGAGAAAAGGGCCUCGAGUACACUCUGACAAGCGAGCAGAGCAGGAACGUGCAGGCCGGCCUCAGGACGCGAUGGCGAUCGCAUUCCGCAAGUGGCUUGCUGAUAAGAUCGAGCAACGACGUCACAAGUGGUCGCUCGGUCCAUCAAAAGCCUUCCUUUUCUCCGUCCAUGGUGGAGUUCCUGACCUGCCUUACCUCCAUGUCUCAUGGAGGGAUUUUUAAUUUUUCAUGGAUGACGCUUUUCUCGCAUGCCGCGACUCCAUGACGUCCCUGCUCCGCCUGCUCUCUUCUGCUGACAGCCGGCGGUGUCGUCCUCUGUGCCCUUAUGCAAACGGCAACCACAAUCUGAACUUGCUCUUGGAACGUCAAGCUUCCCUCGUGCAAUGUAGUCGCUGCUUUCCUCGCUCGCUCGCAAGGAAGGGGAUGAAUACUCGUCUAAAAUCAGAAUGGUCUCAUCGUUCGUAGAAAAUUGGCGAAAUCCUUCUCUCUGACGUUGUUUAUCAAAUUGGCACAUGCUUUGGCCGUCCUUGAGUUUUGAAACAAUGAACGAUUUUUUCCCAGAAGUGGAUGAUAUAAGGACGAAGUUGGGUGCUCGAUGCUACGGCAUGGACAGAAGAGUUUCAGGUCACGCCUGUAAAGCUGUCCAUGCCUGCAGUCGUUCGAGCCAUUUCAGGGCCUUCGGCUCGCCCUAAAGAAUCGGAAGUGGAUCAGCCUUAGUCACAUCCCUAACCCUUAUUUUGACGUGUUACACUCUUGUCCUCGACGAUCGAGAGGCCUGUCCCUCGACCCAUGCAUGAGUCAGUCGGUCACACCACUUAUCCACGAGCCGAUCGAUGUGUUGUUUAUGGCCACAAAGUCGAAGAAGUAAUCAUCCGAGAGCAGCGAGGUGCUUGCAAAUGAACACCCACCAUUCCAUCAAUUUCCACUAGUCUCCCAUGAGCUUGUAGAGAGACUGCUCGCAGUGGUGCUGCGGUUGCCGACGUAGGUGGCGGAUUUGUCAACACUCUACGUGAACCUGUGGUGAAGUGUUGUCGGCUGGAUGUGGUGGACGAUGGGUCGACGAUAGCCCACUGCAAUUCUCCUCGACCCGAUGGCAGGGAGUAAUGGGACCUGCACGCCGGGAAUUUGUCUCUGUGACCAGUUUACCAGCUGAAGGAGAGUCAGGUAAUCCCCGGAGUUUCUCAUGGCUCUGACCUCCAAUGUAACCAUUUCGCGAUCGAUGCGGUCGGCCUCCACAUUUCUGCUGCCCGGUUUCUUUCCGCGGGAGGCAAUGGCUCUGAGGUGGCCAGUCUCCCGGAGCAGCAUCCGUGCUGCUUCAAUUUUUGACAGCAUGAGGCUCUACAGAGCUGGGAAAACUGGGAGGGCACUGGAGAUGGGAGGCAACAUUGGCCUCGUCUGCAGGGCAGAAGAGAAGAGGCGAGUGGAGAAUUUUGUCCCAGCCAUCAAAACGGCCCCGGUGAAGACCAGAGUCCUGGAAUUCGGUCUCAAAGCAAGAACUCUUGGGACAAAUGGCGACCUCACGAGUAGUCGAGAGGGCGAAAUCGAGAGCGAGAAACGGAAGACAUGGUUUCCUCACAGUGGAGCGUUCAAGAUCAACGAGGAAGGGACCACAUUGAGCACGGAAGAAGUGUUAGAGAUGCUGGGCGAGUACAUGAUGGACGACAGGAAGCAGAGGAUCGAAAAGGUCGUGGCCAAUCGGACCUACUCCGUGUCAGUUGUAGUUGAAGGAUUGAGCGAUGUGGGGAAUGUGUCUGCCGUCUGCCGAACAGCAGAUGCCUUAGGGUUCCAAUCAGUUCAUGUCAUCGCCAACAGACGAAACAUGAGAUAUCGAGAAAACCCUAGAACGAGCAUGGGAGCCGAGAAAUGGCUCGAUGUCGAAAAAUGGGACAGCACGGCUCCGUGUCUCGAGGCUCUCAAGGCUCGUGGAUACCGAAUUGCAGUCACGCAUAUCGCAGAUGAUACCGUCUCCAUCCACGACAUGGAUUGGACGAUCCCCACGGCGGUCGUCCUGGGCAAUGAAAUUAGAGGGAUCACAGAAGAAGCUAUAGCUCUUUCAGACGUGCGUUGCUGCAUACCUAUGGCCGGGAUGGUCGAGUCCUUCAAUGUCUCGGUAGCAGCCGCCAUAGUUAUGCACCAAGCUGCUACUGAUAGGCUCAGACGACUCGGUCUCCACGGAGAUUUGUCAGAAGAAGAGAAAAGAAUUCUAGCUGCUGAUUUCUUCAUGCGACAUAGAGAUAGUUCUCAAAGUAUUCUGGAGACCCUAGUGGCCAGGAGAAAGAAGAGAUCUCGUAACAGAUUGAAACCCGAGACUAUCUCGGAAGCAGAAUUGGAGUCGUAAAAUUUUCGCAAUCGCCAGUACUUUUUUGACGAUCAUUCUUCUUCCGGGAAUCGAUGUUGAGCUGAGCAAAACACGGAACAAAUUCCUCUCGAUGCAAUGCUUCCACUUUUUCUCCACUUGUUGUUUGCUAAGAACAAUGUACGUCGACCCAAUGCUCCUCACAAAUGAAGAGAUGCCGAUGCGUGCUUCCAGACUCGCCGUGAAAUUCCGCGAAGGGUGACCAUUCCUCAUGGGAAUCGGUGAAGCUGUGACUCAUGACUGCAAAUCAAGAUUCUUCGGACUGCCAUCGCCGAUUAUCUUCCCACUGGAUUGUCGACAUAGGGAUCUGCGGAGAGGAAAAAGAUCUAAACAUUCGAUUUCAUUCACUUAGUUCGAUAAAAUGACCAUGUCUCCUGACGCAAGGAAUUGUCCCCCUUCAUUUUAUAUUCCGGAAAGUGUUGACUCCACCGCGUGAAUGAGCGAAUGGUUAGAAUAACACGGGUUUCCGACGAAUACACAUCCGUGACAGAGGUGUACAGGCUACGACAAGGGAACAUCUUAUGCCAAAACAAGUAAGCUAAUACCUGUAAUAGAUUUUCCUCAUAUUUAUAAGCUAAUCUCUCUAAGCUAAUGGUCAGCUUGACAUCCAGGUCAAUCUACGCUAGACGCGUUCAUUGUUUUUAUUUUGAUAUGUCGAGCAUGGAUAUUCCAAGUU